GGUCCCGCGAGUGUGUGUGCGGGGCGGGGGGGCGGGAGCGGGCGAGGGGAGGAGCGCGCAGCGAGCGCCCCUCCGGCUCCGUGCGAGGCAGCGGCGGAGCCCGGCGCUGGGACCGGCCCGCGAUGGAGUAGAGCCCGGCCGCUCCCGCCCGCCCUCCUCGCUGGCUGCGCUCCGGGGCGGCUGUGCGAGCCCCGCCGCCUGGCUGAGGGCCGCCUCUUUGGAGUGCCGCAGGGACGCAGCCCGGCGGAGGAGCGCGCCCCGGCAGGCGAGGCAGGAGAAGCUCCCCCCGGGGGGGAGGAGGGGCUGGCGCUGGGUGCCCGGCUGCCGGGCGCGGGGAGCGGAGAGAUGGCGGCGGGGAGAGCCCGGCGCCUCCUCGGUUCCCUCUGGAUCGCCCUAAUCCUCUGGCAGCCGGACCCGAUCGCCGCCGCCGCUCGGAGCAGCUCCCAAAGCCUUCUCGCAGGCUCGCUGGUGAGAAGCUUCACUCCUUUCUACUUCCUGGUGGAGCCAGUGGACACGGUGUCGGUGCGGGGAGCCGCCGUGGUGCUGAACUGCUCUGCUCACUGCGAGCAGGAUUCCCCCAGGAUCGAGUGGAAGAAGGAUGGAGCUCUGCUCAACCUGCUCUCGGAUGACCGCCGCCAGCUGCUGCCAGAUGGAGCCUUGCUGAUCAACAGUGUGGUGCAUUCCAAGCACAAUAAACCUGAUGAGGGAUACUACCAGUGCGUGGCGACCGUGGACAGCCUGGGCACCAUCGUCAGCCGCACUGCCAAGCUCACGGUGGCAGGCCCGCCGCGGUUCAGCGCCCCGCCGGAGCCGCGCUCGGUGUUCCGCGGCGGCAGCGCCCUGCUGAGCUGCGAGCUGAGCGCCGAGCCGGCGGCGCCGCCGCGCUGGGAGCGCCACCGCCAGCCGCUGCCCCCGGACCCGCGGCUGCUGCCGCUCCCCGGCGGGGCCCUGCUCGUCACCAACGCCACCCGCGCCGACGCCGGCCCCUACCGCUGCCUCCUGGACGCUGCCGGCGCCCCCAAGUACAGCGAGGAGGCAGAGCUCACGGUUCUCCCAGAUCCUGAGGUGCCACAGAGCUUGGAGUUCAUGAAGCAGCCCUCUUCCCUCACCAGAGUCACAGGGCAGAGUGCAGUGUUCCCCUGUGUUGCUGUAGGAUUUCCAGUCCCUUCUAUAAGGUGGACAAGAAAUGAAGAAGAGCUGAUCACAGAAGGUGCCGGCGGGAGGCUGCUGCUGCUGGCCGGAGGCAGCCUGGCGAUCAGCGAGGUGGCAGAGGAGGACGCUGGCACCUACAGCUGCGUGGCAGAGAACGGCAACGAGACCAUCACAGCCCAGGCAGAGCUUGCAGUUCAAGUGCCUCCUGAGUUCCUGAAGCGUCCUGCAAAUAUCUAUGCCCACGAAUCGAUGGACAUCAUCUUUGAGUGUGAGGUGACAGGAAAACCUACUCCCACUGUCAAAUGGGUCAAGAAUGGAGACAUGGUGAUCCCCAGUGACUACUUCAGGAUCGUGAAAGAACAUAACCUGCAAGUUUUGGGGCUGGUGAAAUCAGAUGAAGGAUUCUAUCAGUGCAUUGCAGAGAACGACGUUGGAAACGCCCAGGCUGGAGCCCAACUGAUCAUACUUGACCUUGAUGUUGCCAUCCCAACAUUACCUCCCACUUCACUGACCAGUGCCACUAAUGACCAUCUAGCACCAGCUACAACAGGACCACUGCCUUCAGCCCCACGAGACGUCGUGGCCACCCUCGUCUCCACUCGCUUCAUCAGGCUGACCUGGAGGACCCCCGUGUCGGACCCCCAAGGAGACAACCUCACCUAUUCCAUCUUCUACACCAGGGAAGGUAUAAACAGGGAACGUGUUGAGAACACAACUCGUGCUGGAGAGACACAAGUGAUGAUCCAAAACCUGAUGCCAGAGACAGUUUACGUCUUCCGCGUGGUGGCUCAGAACAAGCACGGCCCCGGAGAGAGCUCAGCGCCGCUCAAGGUGGCCACACAGCCCGAGGUUCAGCUCCCUGGGCCAGCACCCAACAUCAGAGCCUAUGCCACCUCGCCCACCUCCGUCACGGUCAGCUGGGAGACGCCGCUCUCAGGCAACGGAGAGAUCCAGAACUACAAACUCUACUACAUGGAGAAGGGGCAGGACACCGAGCAGGACAUCGACGUGGGAGGGCUCUCCUACACCAUCAAUGGCUUAAAGAAGUACACAGAGUACAGCUUCAGAGUGGUGGCUUACAACAAGCAUGGCCCUGGAGUGUCCACUCAGGACGUGGUGGUCCGAACCCUCUCCGACGUCCCCAGCGCUCCGCCGCAGAACCUGACGCUGGAGGCACGGAAUUCCAAGAGCAUCAUGCUGCACUGGCAGCCCCCUCCUGCAGGCACCCAGAGCGGGCUGAUCACCGGCUACAAGAUCCGCUACCGCAAAGCGUCGCGCAAGAGCGAGGUGACGGAGAGCAUCGGAGGCACCCAGCUCUUCCAGCUCAUCGAAGGUCUGGAACGAGGCACAGAGUACAGCUUCCGAGUGGCUGCCCUGACUGUGAACGGCACCGGUCCAGCGACCGACUGGGUGUCAGCAGAGACCUUUGAGAGCGACCUGGAUGAGACUCGGGUGCCUGAGGUGCCAAGCUCCCUGCACGUCCGCCCGCUGGUCACCAGCAUCGUGGUCAGCUGGACCCCACCUGAGAACCAGAACAUCGUGGUGAGAGGCUAUGCCAUAGGCUAUGGCAUUGGCAGCCCUCAUGCCCAGACCAUCAAGGUGGACUAUAAGCAGAGGUACUACACCAUUGAGAACUUAGACCCCAGCUCCCACUAUGUGAUAACUCUGAAGGCCUUUAACAACGUGGGCGAAGGAAUCCCUCUGUACGAGAGCGCCGUGACCAGACCCCACUCAGACACUUCCGAGGUUGAUUUGUUUGUUAUUAAUGCUCCAUACACUCCAGUGCCAGAUCCUUCUCCCAUGAUGCCACCCGUGGGAGUUCAGGCUUCCAUCCUGAGCCAUGACACCAUCCGGAUCACUUGGGCAGACAACUCUCUGCCGAAGAACCAGAAGAUCACAGACGCUCGCUACUACACCGUGCGCUGGAAGACCAACAUCCCUGCCAACACCAAGUACAAGACUGCCAAUGCCACCACCUUGAGCUACCUGGUGACAGGGCUGAAGCCAAACACCUUGUACGAGUUCUCGGUGAUGGUGACCAAGGGUCGGCGCUCGAGCACCUGGAGCAUGACAGCACAUGGGACCACCUUUGAACUAGGUCCUACUUCUCCUCCUAAGGAUGUGACAGUGGUGAGCAAAGAGGGGAAGCCUCGGACCAUCAUCGUCAACUGGCAGCCUCCCUCCGAAGCCAACGGCAAGAUUACAGGCUACAUCAUCUACUACAGCACGGAUGUGAAUGCUGAAAUCCAUGACUGGGUGAUUGAGCCUGUGGUGGGGAACAGGCUGACCCAUCAGAUCCAAGAACUCACCCUGGACACCCCCUAUUACUUCAAAAUCCAGGCUCGUAACUCCAAGGGCAUGGGGCCCAUGUCUGAGGCAGUGCAGUUCAGAACCCCAAAAGCUGAAUCCUCAGAUAAAAUGCCCAAUGACCAAGCCUCGGGAGCUGCAGGGAAGGGAAACCGAGCCACAGACCUGGGAGCAGACUACAAACCACCCCUUGGGGGCAGUAACAGUCCCCAUGGAAGUCCUACUUCUCCCCUGGACAGCAACAUGCUCCUUGUGAUCAUAGUGUCUGUUGGAGUCAUCACCAUUGUGGUCGUGGUGAUAGUCGCCGUCUUCUGCACCCGCCGGACAACUUCUCACCAGAAGAAGAAAAGAGCUGCCUGCAAAUCAGUCAAUGGCUCCCACAAGUACAAAGGCAAUUCCAAGGAUGUCAAACCUCCUGACCUUUGGAUCCAUCAUGAAAGGCUGGAGCUGAAACCCAUUGACAAGUCUCCAGAUCCCAACCCCAUCAUGACGGACACCCCAAUCCCUCGCAACUCCCAAGACAUCACCCCAGUGGAUAAUUCCAUGGACAGCAACAUCCAUCAGAGGAGGAAUUCCUACAGAGGCCAUGAGUCAGAGGAUAGCAUGUCCACCCUGGCAGGAAGAAGGGGGAUGAGACCCAAGAUGAUGAUGCCUUUUGAUUCUCAACCACCUCAGCCUGUGGUUAGUGCUCAUCCCAUCCACUCACUCGAUACCCCUCACCAUCAUUUCCACUCCGGCAGCCUCGCUUCUCCAACCCGCAGCUAUCUCCAUCACCAGGUCAACCCGUGGCCCAUUGGCACAUCCAUGUCCCAUUCAGACAGGGCCAAUUCCACAGAAUCAGUUCGCAACACACCCAGCACGGACACCAUGCCAGCUGCUUCAGCUCAGGCCUGUGCUGAGCACCAGGAUCCUGAGAGCACCACAGGCUCUUACCUGGCCACUGCACAAGAGGAGGACACGACUCAGAACCUCCCCACAGCCCACGUCCGUCCUUCCCACCCGCUGAAGAGCUUCGCGGUGCCAGCGGUGCCGCCGCCGGGCUCCACCUACGACCCGGCCUUGCCAAGCACACCACUGCUGACUCAGCAAGCUCCUAACCACCCAGUCCACUCGGUGAAGACAGCCUCCAUUGGGACUCUGGGGAGAACUCGACCUCCCAUGCCGGUGGUGGUUCCCAGCGCCCCUGACGUGCAGGAGACCAGCAGGAUGCUGGAGGACUCGGAAAGCAGCUACGAACCGGAUGAGCUGACCAAAGAGAUGGCCCACCUGGAAGGACUCAUGAAGGACCUCAAUGCCAUCACUACAGCAUGAGCACCACCACCUUUCACCAGGACAUGACUCCAGAACAAGUGUGCCAAGUCUUGGGACUCAGCCUUGGAACACAAGGAAUUGUACAGAGGUUAAACAAAAACAAAAAUGAAAGAAAGAAAGAAAGAAAAAGAGAAAAAAAAAAAAAAGAAGAAAAAAAAUAAAAAGAAAAGAAAAGAAGAAAAAAAAAAAAGGAGAGCAGAAACCCCAGGAAGAGGGAGGAGAGCACCUGAGAGCAGCCACAGACAGCUACCAGUGCUGCCUGACCUCACUCACCCUUUCUUGUCCUGCAGUGAGGUCAUGGCCAAGUGGAAUUCCACAGAUCUGCAGAGGCCCUGCAGGAUGGGACAUGGCAGGGCUGAAAUCCAGCAGCCAGCCUAGAGAAAUCCAGCAGCCAGGCUAAAGGAAUCCACCACCCAGCCUAGAGAAAUCCAGGAUCCAGACUAAAGGAAUCCAGCAGCCAGAUGAAUGGAAUCCACCACCCAGCCUAGAGAAAUCCAGGAUCCAGACUAAAGGAAUCCAGCAGCCAGAUGAAUGGAAUCCACCACUCAGACCAGAGAAAUUCAGGAUCCAGCUAGAGAAAUCCAGGAUCCAGAUCAAAGGAAUCCAGCAGCCAGACUAAAGGAAUCCAGCAGCCAGAUGAAUGGAAUCCAGCAGCCAGCCUAGAGAAAUCCAGGAUCCAGACUAAAGGAAUCCAGCAGCCAGCCUAAAGGAAUCCAGCAGCCAGCCUAAAGGAAUCCACCACCCAGCCUAAAGGAAUCCACCACCCAGCCUAAAGGAAUCCACCACCCAGCCUAAAGGAAUCCACCACCCAGCCUAAAGGAAUCCACCACCCAGCCUAAAGGAAUCCACCACCCAGCCUAAAGGAAUCCACCACCCAGCCUAAAGGAAUCCACCACCCAGCCUAAAGGAAUCCACCACCCAGCCUAAAGGAAUCCACCACCCAGCCUAAAGGAAUCCAGGAUCCAGAUCAAAGGAAUCCAGCAGCCAGCCUAAAGGAAUCCAGCAGCCAGAUGAAUGGAAUCCACCACCCAGCCUAGAGAAAGCCAGAAUCCAGAUGAAAGGAGUCCAGGAUCCAGUGAAAGCAAUCCAGCAUCCAGACUAGAGACAUCCAGGAUCCAGAUGAAUGGAAUCCAGCAUCCAGAUGAAUGGAAUCCAGCACCCAGACCAGAGACAUCCAGGAUCCCAAUGAAUGGAGUCCAGCAUCCAGACUAGAGUUAUCCAGGAUCUUGAUUAAAGGAAUCCAGGUUCCAGAUUAAUGGAAUCCAGCAUCCAGAUGAAUGGAGUCCAGGAUCCAGAUGAAAGCAAUUCAGCAUCCAGACCAGAGAUAUCCAGGAUCCAGAUGAAAGGAGUCCAGGAUCCAGACUAGAGAUAUUCAGGAUCCAGGUGAAAGGAGUCCAGGAUCCAGAUGAAAGCAAUAUCAGCAUCCAGACCAGAGAUAUCCAGGAUCCAGAUGAAUGGAAUCCAACAUCCAGGAUAGAGAUAUCCAGGAUCCAGAUGAAAGGAGUCCAGCAUCCAGAUGAAUGGAAUCCAGCACCCAUACUAGAGACAUCCAGGAUCCAGAUGGAUGGAGUCCAGGACCCAGCUGAAAGCAAUACAGCAUCCAUACCAGAGACAUCCAGGAUCCAGAUGAAUGGAGUCCAGGAUCCAGAUGAAUGGAGUCCAGGAUCCAGAUGAAUGGAGUCCAGCACCCAGACUAGAGACAUCCAUGAUCCAGAUUAAAGCAGUCCAGCAUCCAUACCAGAGACAUCCAGGAUCCAGAUGAAAGGAGUCCAGGAUCCAGCUGAAAGGAGUCCAGGAUCCAGCUGAAAGGAGUCCAGGAUCCAGCUGAAAGGAGUCCAGGAUCCAGGCUAGAGACAUCCAGGAUCCAGAUGAAUGGAAUCCAGCAUCCAGAUGAAUGGAAUCCAGCACCCAGACUAGAGACAUCCAGGAUCCAGCUGAAAGGAGUCCAGCAUCCAGAUGAAUGGAGUCCAGGAUCCAGACUAGAG